UACAAAAUACGAAAAAUUUAAAUCCCACAAGGCAAACGGAGCUGAAAUCUCUGCCUUUUUGUUGACUUAUUACUGUUAUUGUGCGUGUGUGAUUGUUUGUUGAAAGUUAUUUACUGUACGACAGUAGUGAAAAAAAUGGGACCCAAGAAAAAUGGUAAUCAGAAUAUUAAGGUGGCUGUACGAUGCAGGCCUAUGACAUCACAAGAAAAGAAGUCUGGUUCGUUUGCUGUUGUGAACAUUUCUCCGGAAAAAAAAGAAGUGAGUGUGCGCGAAAAGAUGGGCAUAGUAACACAGAUGAAAACAUUUGGAUUCGACUAUGUAUUUCCUCCGGAUGCCAAGCAGAUUGACAUAUACAAAGCAGUGGUUAUCCCAAUUAUUGAUGAGGUGUUGCUUGGUUACAAUUGUACCAUUUUUGCCUAUGGACAAACAGGGACGGGAAAGACCUUCACAAUGGAAGGAGAGCGGAGUGAAGAUGUGAACUGUAGUUGGGAAGAUGAUCCACUGGCUGGUGUCAUUCCAAGAAGUAUGAAUCACAUUUUUGAUGAGUUGAAGAAGCAGGAUGUUGAAUUUUCUAUCCGAGUUUCUUUUAUUGAAUUGUACAAUGAAGAAUUAUUUGAUCUACUGGGGAAUACUAGUAACUUAAGGAUGUAUGAAGAUCCAAAACGACAAGGAUCUCUUAUAAUCCAUGGAAUGGAAGAAAUUACAGUCAACUUCAAAGAUGAGAUUUAUCAAAUUCUUGAGCGUGGAGCCUCUCGCAGACAGACUGCUUCCACUUUGAUGAAUGCUACUUCCAGUCGUUCCCAUUCAGUGUUCAGUGUGACCAUCCAUACAAAGGAUACAACAAUUACUGGUGAAGAGUUGUUAAAGACAGGAAAACUGUAUUUGGUUGAUUUGGCCGGCAGUGAAAACAUAGGACGUUCUGGUGCUGUUGACAAACGUGCUCGGGAAGCAGGUAACAUCAACCAGAGUCUGUUAACCCUUGGACGAGUCAUUACAGCCCUUGUAGAACAUGCUCCUCAUGUUCCUUACAGAGAGAGCAAACUAACAAGACUGCUGCAAGAUUCUUUAGGGGGUAAAACAAAAACAUGCAUCAUAGCUACAAUUGCACCAUCCCUCUGUAACGUUGAGGAAACUCUAAGCACAUUGGACUAUGCCCAUAGGGCCAAAAACAUUCAGAACAGACCUGAAAUUAAUCAGAAACUAACAAAGAAAGCUCUCCUUAAAGAGUACACCAAUGAGAUUGAAACGCUAAAGAAAGAUUUGCUUGCAGCUCGAGAGAAAAACGGCAUAUUCUUGGCUGAAGAAAACUACAAUUCUAUGGUUACAAAACUUGCUCAGCAAGAUACAGUGGUGAAAGAAAUGGAAGACCGAAUUACAGCAUUGGUAGAAGAGAAAGACAAGAUACAAGAACUGUUUGAGAAGGUUGAUCGCCAGUUGGAAGAUACAACAGAAACCUUGAAUGUCACACAGAACCAAUUAAGUGACACCAUGCGCAACCUUACAAACAAAAGUAAUGAAUGUGACGAACAGAAGUUCCUGGUGACGGAACACAUGAAGACUGAAUCCGAGCUCUAUUCUCGUGCUGAGAAGCUGUUAACCACAGCAGAUGACUCCACAUCGGAUGUGUAUGGCCUGCAUGCGAAGCUGGACCGCAAGAAGAAGGUAGAGAGCUGCAACAGCAAACAGAUGACGGAUUUCCAGCAAAAGUUCCAAGCUUCUGUUGAAGGCAUGCACCAAAUCACUGACGAUAUGAUGGGUGUUGUAUCUAAAUUCCAUGAUAACAACACUGCUCAGCUGAAUGGUCUACAAGAAGUUCUGAAGACCCAUUCUGGCAGCAUGUUAAAGUCCUGGUUCAAUGUGGUAGAAAAUGUGAAGAAACACACUGACCAAAUGAAAUCUACUAAACGGAACGAGUUUGAAGAGACAAACAGCUUUUUGAAAGAGACUACAACUGAAGUCACAAAGAUGCAGGAAAACAGCGUUGACCACUUGAAAGCUAUUGAUUCCGAACUAGUGUCCAGUCUGCAGUCACAGAUGAACGCUUUCCAGUUGAUACAGACGCUGAGGUUGCAGCUUAAGCAGCAGUUGGAGAAGCAGAAAUCUGAACUUGAGCAAUUCAUACAGCAGCUGUCUAAAGGAUUAACAGCACAACUGUCCUCACUCUCAGCACUUGUCACUGACCACGUUAACUGGCAGCAGGACCAGAUUCAACAGAUGCAACAGAAUAUUGAAGAAUCCACUUCCUGUAAUUCGAAUCUUGAAAAAUAUUUAACUCAAGCAAUGGAUUGUAUCAAGUUGGCACAGAAAGAAAGAGAGAAUUCCUCAGGUGUGAAUGAAAGAAUUAGCAAGUUAGUCACUGCUCAGAAGGAGAACAAGAGGUUUGAGAAUCUACAAAGUGAAAUAAAAGCAAGCCAGGAAUAUAUUGGCCAACAAUCAGAUGAGGUUUUGGGACAUACUAAACUUGGAAUUGAUUCCUGUAUUGAAACUGUGCAAAAGGUUGAAAAUGAAGUUGAUGAUGCUCAACAGAAGUGCACCACAACAAAAACUGCAUUUAAUGAGCACUUCCAGAAAGCCUCACAGAAUUGGGAUGAUUGCUUGUCAGUUGUUAGUGAGAAACUGAGUUCUUAUCAGACAGACGCUAAUACCAGCAUAAAUGUUUUGAUAAACCAAACAGAGAAAUUAGACUCAAUAACUGUGUCUGCCAUGGAAGAAGCCACUGCUUUAACAGAGGGAUCUAAUGAGUCAACAUCAACACAUCUGAAGAGUCUACUCGAAUGUGGAAAAUCUCAGUUUGAGAACAUGUCACAAGAUGUUGAAAUAUUGAAAGUAAAGUUGACCUCUCAACAAAAUGAUGUGGAUAGUUUCACCGCUGAGUUUGCUCACGAUUCACCUACAGGUGAAACACCAAAACGUCGUCAGUUUAGUUAUCCAAAUGAUCUACCUCAAACUGAAGAUCAUGAUGAAUUAAUUACACAAUUCAGGAGGAGCAGAAAAGAUCAGUAUUUGGUGGUAGAAAAAAGCAGUGUGGAAAACACACCUGUAACAGUGAAAAGCAAUAAGAGCUGCACACCUUCACAGGUCUUUAUUGAUGCGGAGAAUUCCGACAAUGCUAGCGAGACUAGCUUCAGCUCGACCAGUUCCGAUAUCAGCAAAAUUUUGGAAUCUAAAGAGAACCGUUCCCAGAUGCCACCCCCACUUUCACGUAUUGAUUUGUAA